AUGGCUACUCCUCAGCGUACCACUGGAACUUGCAAUUUCGAGCCCCCGACAGGACCUCGAGCCGCACAAAUCGACAUGUCUCGAGACCCUCGCCGUAUGCCCCGAAACGAACCUCCGUCUCAGAAUAAUCCCCCAGCUCCAACCGUACAGGAUACAGUACGCGUUCUCAGGCAACUUACCGAAGAAGUAGCUGAAGUCACCAAUAUCAAAGGCGCAAGAGAUCGGCUAAUGAGGAAACGCCGUACGGAAGAGCAGACUUUCAGGAAAGCAAAAGAACGCGGGCAUGCAUACCCAUCUUUGCUACAAAGUUUGAGGUCAGGAAUGGAGGAUCGAGAUAAAGAGCUGAAGCGGAUAGAGGAGCGAUUCAACACGCGUACUGCAAAGAAGGAGAAUCUUAUGCUCUCUUUAGCAAAUCUCAUUCACAACCCACCCAGCAAAGCACCCCAGCAUGACCAAGUAGCAGAGGACCUGCGGAAAACCAAUGCUGACCUACUAAAGAUCAAAGAUGAGAUAUCUAGUAUGAAAGAGUCUAACAACUUAAGACAUUCUGCCAUGGAAGAGCGCGCUAGCGCCAACUCCCAGAUACUCGAUAAGCUUAAGGGUGACCUAGAGUUCAAUUCGAAUUCUAUGAAACAACACGUCUCGGAAAUUGGUUCCUUGGACUCUAGGCUGGUGUCAUUUCAGGCUUCACUCGAUCGGAUCAAGGUGCUUUCAGCAACUCUCGAGGCUUUCAAACUUACCAUGAAAAAUGAUAUCGAUAUCAAAAACACCAAGUUGGAAUCCCUGGAGAAAAAGGUCAGGGAAAUCACGGAAACCCUAGAUACAUCCAAGUCCGACGAGCAAACCCAGUCAAACCACGCAGCCGAAGAACUUCGUUUAAACAUGAAGGCCAUCACGGAGCAGGUCAAUGCAAUGGUUGAAGCUUCUAAGAAUCAAUUUUCACGCAUUGAUGAAGUGGUUAAAAGCAAAAUCUCUAUAAUAGAGAAGGAUGUUAAUGCUUUGGUAAAGGACAAAAUACCAUCUCUCGAGGUUCAGGCCACCAAUAGUGCUAAAGCGAUUCAAGAUUCCGCUUUAAGACGCAGUGAGGCUUCUUUGAAUAAUCUGACGCCAUCACCCAUCCCAAUCAGUGAUAAGACCAUUAGGGUAGACAUGCAAACUUUGUCCGAUGAGAUCGACGGUCUUCGGGAGAUCCAAAAGAGCAAGGACGAGCUUCUGUCAAAGGCUUUAGAUGAUGCCCAACUCGCUAUGGACAAAUUCAGCCAGGAUAUCAUUGGUCUAAGACAGACCGUUGCAUCGAUUAAUCCCCAGGCGUUAAACCAUAAAUUCAACGAGUUACAUGGUCAUUUUAUGGGCAACAUCAAUGCACUGAAUAAACAGAUUGCAGCUGCUUAUGCUGCUGUUCACUCCCUAGAAGACCGAUACAGUCAACUUACCACUGAACCAAUCGUACGCCAGAUGGUCUUGGCCAUGCAAGAAAUGUAUCCUCACGCGAGCAAAGUUGAAGCCGACAUUGUGAACAUAUUGCAGACGGUAAAUGAACAUCUUACGCAGAUUAAAGCUCACUCGGCCAAUAUCAGUGUCUUAGAGGCAGCUCAAGUGAAAGCAAAAGAGGCCAGUGAUGGUCUUAUUGCCUUCCUUCAUACCGAAAAGAAGGAAAUCACAGGGCAAAUGAAGACUGUCCAAUCGAAGACAGAUGAAUUAGAAGAAAGCUUCCUGCAAAGUCUUGCCGAACAUGGGGCCGAUCUUAGGAGCACAAUGGAAGAGCUCAAGGACAUAAAGGCCCAGGUUCAAAUGAUGACAGUUAAAAAACCGGUUCCCACCGUUCCGCAAGCUCAAACGUCUCGCGAAAUGAGCUCUACUACACCGUCAGAAGGACAUGGCAGAUCGUCAACACCCCAGUCGGAUUUGGACAGACAUAGACAUAAGAAGAGGAAACGAGACAUGAGAUCACCCAGUCACCCUGAGUCUAACAAUCCUAAACUCGGUGAUAGAUAG